AACAUGUGGCCGAUCCACCAGUAUGCUAUCCUAAAUGAAAUCGCUCUAUGAAAUGCGGCCUUUGAACUCUGAAGAGAGAGAGAGAGUUGAUAAGGAGAAAUCAGAAAAUGGUAGAGAAUGAGAAGAAAGCUGAAGAGACCGAGAAGGGAUAUGACCGGAAAAGAGAGUUGACAACCUUUGAUGAGUCGAAAGCCGGUGUGAAGGGACUAGUAGAUGCCGGGGUAGAGAAAAUCCCACACAUCUUCAACUGUGAAAAAUUCAGUUUCAACAAGAACCCGGGAACCGGCCAAUCUCGGUUCUGCAUUCCGGUGAUAGACUUCGAGGGUGUCCACUCAAGGCCCACCCAGCGAUCCGAGAUUGUUCAGGCAAUCCUUGAUGCAUCCAAGAGAUGGGGUUUCUUUCAGGUUAUCAAUCACGGGAUCCCGACAAGUCUGUUGGAUGGGAUGAUCCAGGGGAUUCGCAGCUUCCAUGAGCAAGACUCAGAGGUGAAGAGAGACUUUUACACGCGGGAUAUCAAUCAGAGAAAGGUCAUUUAUCUUUCCAACUUCGACCUGUACCAGGCACCAGUAACUAAUUGGAGAGACACUUUGGGUUUCGCGAUGGAGCCUGAUCCACCCAGUCGGGAAGAACUGCCCAAUGUUUGCAGGGAUGUGCUAAUAGAAUACUCGAAGCAAGUGAAGCAACUUGGGAUCACCAUUUUCGAGUUGAUAGCGGAGGCUUUAGGAUUAAAACCAAACUACUUCAAGGAAAUGGAUUAUGCAAAGCACCUGCUGAUCUUGGGACACUACUACCCUACCUGCCCCGAACCGGAAUUGGCAAUUGGCACAACAAGCCACUCAGAUAAUGACUUCUUGACCAUACUCUUGCAAGAUAACAUCGGAGGACUGCAGGUCCUCCAUGAAAAUCAGUGGGUUGAUGUUAUUCCAUUGCAUGGAGCUCUCAUCGUCAACAUAGGAGAACUUCUUCAGGUGCCCCCUCUUUUUCUUAUCUGCAGAAAUUCCCCCAGGGUACUAUCCAAAAAGGAAGGCCCGAGGAUUUCGGUGGCAUGUUUCUUCAGGGCACAGGAUGUGAUGGGCAAUGCAUCAAGAACUUACGGGCCCAUCCUUGAGCUGAUAUCGGAGGAAAAUCCCCCGGUCUACAGGAACAUCAAUCUCAAAGACUACAUGGAAUAUUUCUAUAGUAAAGGGCUCGACACAACCUCUGCUUUGACGCCUUUCAAGCUUUGAUGUCCCUUCUCCAUCCAGACCUUAUUACGAAUCUUAGAGGGAGAGAGAAAGAGAAGAUACUGUUGGAGUUUGGAUCGGUACUGCAUGAUGAUUUGUAUAAGACUGUGUGUUUGUUUCUAUUUGUUAAAGUUAAUGUUUUAUAGGGUAGGCGUGUGUUUGUAUUCUUAGGUAGUUUGCAGGUUUUGUAAUGGCAGUUACAUGCUACCUUUCUGUUUUGUGUUCUCAGUGCAAGUGUAAGACAGUUACUUAUGUUGUUGAAUGAAGAAGUUUUUGCAAUU